UUGCCCACUCUCUCACUCCUCACUCCUCUCUCUCUCUCCUACUUUUCUCACUCCUUUACUUCCCAAGUUUUGAUUUUGAUUGCUUUCAUGGAAACCCCACAAGAGUUUAUGGGAUCUAACGAUCAAAUUCAUAUAAUUCCGGUUAAAUCCCACCGGAACAAACGUAUGAAGCUUCUUUCCGGCGGUGCUGAUGCUACUUCCUCCUCCUCUUGUGGCGGCGGCGGCGCCGGAGAUGAGUUUGCUGCCUCUUCUUCUGUCUCCGACGAGGUUAGUACCGAGGAGGAGGAGGAUAUGGCCAAUUGUUUGAUUCUUUUGGCUCAAGGAGAUACCCACCGCCGGCCGAGCCAAAUUACAAACAAAAGGCUGAAUUUUGAGAAGCCCAAAGCUGGAUUUUAUGUUUAUGAGUGCAAGACUUGUAAUCGGAGCUUCCCUUCUUUUCAAGCCCUCGGCGGGCAUCGUGCUAGCCACAAAAAGCCUAAGCCGAUCACUGCCGUGGAAGAAUCAGAAGAGCCACAACAAGUCAACAAGGCUAUCCCGAUCGCCGCCGCCGCCGCCGUCCAAAUUCCGAUCAAGACAGAGACAACAACAAAUUCCCAAACACAAAAGUCGGGGAAAAUUCACGAGUGUUCUAUAUGUGGAUUGGAAUUCAGUUCAGGACAAGCAUUGGGAGGACACAUGAGAAGACACAGAACAACCGCCGUGUCGACAAACACCGACCAACAUGAUCAUAAGCGACGGAACAUUCUAGAGCUGGAUCUGAACCUGCCGGCGCCGGAGGAGGAUCUCCGGGAGACAAAGUUUCAAUUUACGACAACCCCACAAGCAAUAGUGUUCGCAGCUCCAACACUUGUGGAUUGUCACUAUUGAAAAACAGGAUCAAAUUCAAAGAAAUCCCAAUAUGAAAUCGUGUUUUAAUUUAGCUUUUCAUUUGAUUAUAUACAGUGAUUAAAUAUUCUUUGAAGCAAUAUAUGAAUAUUUGGGUAUCUAUAACUAUUGAAGCUGAAUGAAUCCAAAUACUUUGAG